GGAGGAUCCUGGCGGCCCCGUGACGGGGCGGUGCUGCCAGAGCGCGGUGCUUGCCCCGGGGCCGCCGCCUCCUCCCGCGCCCGCCGGGCUCGCCAUGGGGCUGUGCCUGCCCUGCUUGGGCGGCGCCGUCAAGGACGUGGUGGAAACCCCCGACCCGGAAGUAAAAAGAAGACAACUAGCAGAAGCUGCUGAAAAGAGACAGAUGGAGGCUUCCUCUCGCGGUAUUAAGAAUGUUUACUCUGUAGAGCAAAAGAAAAAGAAACAGGAAGAAAUAGAAAAAAGAGUUGCAGCCUCAGGUUCUGGAGGAGAAGGAGGACUAAGAUGGCAGGUUGGAUAAAGAAGCAUGACUUCUGAAGAGAAGAUUGAUGUUUACUGCCAAUAACUUGCCAGUUUCUGCAGCUGAGUAGCUCUUACUCAUCAUGUGGCUUUUGCUGUUUGCAUAUGAAGACUCAGCAGUACUUUGCCAUUGUGGGAGGACAGAUGUAGAAACAUAGCUAAACUUUUAAGAAUUAACUCUGAACACUAAGUUAUGGCCAAUUUUGUCUCUGUUUUAUAUGCAUGUUUUAUUGUUUCCCUGUCAAGGGAGCGAGAUGGGUUUUCUCACUUAGUAGAGGCCUCAGUACCUGCAGUCAGUCAGUAUACUGUCUGGUGAGUUGAUGUGUCUUUGUCUGCGUAUGACUGGCUUAGGCACAGCUCCAGUGCCCGUGUGUUCUUUUUGAUGCUUAUUUCAAGCUCUACAAUUAAACUUUUCUCAGUCCUCAUGUAAAAAGUUGUUCAUAAAUAUAUAUAUUUGAAUAUGUGGGCAACAGCAUUUCCUCUUCAGUUUCCUAAUGGCUCUUGAACUGCGUAGGGAUUUAGUGCCUUUUUUAAAAUAAGAAUGCUGGUCCUUGAAUAUGGAAGCUUUUUGUGACACCAGUUAAAAAAAUAGAAACCUUUAUAAACCCUGUGUACUUCUAGCAGGAAAUAUGUUUUGUUAUAAGUCUAGUAAUUGUUCUCAUUUUCUGAUGUGAAUUUCUUCUGAGUCUGUAAGUAUUUAUAAUGAAUACUGGAAGUUAAACAUUAAAUUAAAAAUAGUGUUAUUAA